UCUGCUUCACUCAGAAACUAAAUGGCUUCCAGAUUAGAGGAAGAUCUCUGCUGUCCUGUUUGCCAUGAAGUCUUUAAAGAUCCUGUCAUCCUGUCAUGUAGCCACAGCUUCUGUAGAGACUGUCUGCAGAGCUGGUGGACAGAGAAACUAAUACAUGAGUGUCCAGUUUGUAAGGAAAGAUCUUUGUUUGAACCGCCUUUAAACCGGAGGUUAAAGAACCUGUGUGAGAGUUUCCUACAGGAGAGAGAUCAGAGAGUUUCAGAGGCUCUCUGCAGUCUGCACUCUGAGAAACUCAAACUCUUCUGUCUGGACCAUCAGCAGCCAGUUUGUCUCGUCUGCAGAGAUUCAGAAAAACACUCCAAACACAGAAUCAGACCCAUCGAUGAAGCUGCACGACAACACAAGAAGAAACUUCAGGAAACUCUGGAGCCCUUAAAGGAGAAGUUAAAGGUUUUUGAACAAGUUAAAGUGGAGUUUGAUCAAACAGCAGAACACCUGAAGGUCAAGGCCCGAUGCACAGAGACACAGAUUAAGGAUCAGUUUAAGAAGCUUCACCAGUUUCUAGAAGAGGAAGAGAAGGCCAGGAUGGCUGCACUGAGGGAGGAAGAGGAGCAGAAGAGUCAGAGGAUGAAGGAGAAGAUGGAGGCUCUGAGAAGAGAGAUAGCAGCUCUUUCAGACACAGUCAGAGCCACAGAGGAGCAGCUGAGAGCUGAAGAUGUCUCAUUCCUGAUCAACUACAAGGCUGCAGUGGAAAGAGUCCAGCAGCGCCCCCUGCUGGAGGAUCCACAGCUGCUCUCAGGAGCUCUGAUAGACGAGGCCAAACACCUGGGCAACCUGAGCUUCAACAUCUGGAACAAGAUGAAGGACCUGGUCUCCUACACUCCUCUGGUUCUGGACCCAAACACUGCUCAUCCAUAUCUCAUCCUGUCUGAAGAUCUGACCAGUGUGAGACGAGGACGAGAGAAACAGCAGCUUCCUGAUAAUCCACAGAGGAUUGAUUACCCCUGUGUCCUGGGCUCUGAGAGCUUUAACUCAGGGACUCACAGCUGGGAUGUCAAGGUUGGAGACAGUACAGACUGGUCACUGGGGGUGUUAGUCGAGUCUGUCCAGAGGAAGGGAGACAUAGAGUCUGGAUUAUGGAUAAUAUGGUUCUACAAUGGUAAAUACUCAGCAUUGUCUCCAUCAGCUCCAGACACUGUUCUCCGGUUGAAGAAGAAGCUCCAGAGGAUCAGAGUGACUCUGGACUGGAACAGAGGAAAUCUGCCGUUCUCUGAUCCUGAUACUAACACAGACAUACACACCUUCACACACACUUUCACUGAGAAGAUGUUUCCAUACUUUCAAACUGCGGGUGAACUGAAGGUUUCCCCAGUGAAGGUCUGUGUGACUGUACAACAGGAAUAA